AACGGAUUCAGUAUAGCGCGAUACUUCUAUUACAGUUCACAUGGUCUCUGGUUGAAUGCUUCAAAGGUUGAAAAAAACCCUCUUAUGCUUAAACAAUAGUAAGAUUUCUUUAGUUAGAAGAGUGAGAGUAUGACAACAAAAUAAUAUGUGUUAAUAAAAAAACCGAGUGGCUAAUAUCAGCAAACUUUUGUAUAUAUCGAGAAAAAUAAACACCCCAAUUUUUUUUUCAUUGCAAUGAGUAAAUUGAGAUCUGGAAAAAGAAAAUCAGAAAAGCAAGAUUUUGACGAAACAAUUAAAAAAUGUAAAGAUUCAAAAAUAAAAAUAUGUAACAGUUCAAAAAUAAAUGUAAACUUAAAGGAAGAAAAUAUAGAAAACAUACAACGAAAUCAGGAUGGGGAAUUAAUAUUUCCUGAUCAUCCAGACUUCCUACCAAAUCGAUCUCCAAAAGAGGUUUUACAAGCAGGUGCCUUUGGUGGUGGAUACUUCAGAAAAAUAAAAUCUGGUGUCACUAAUGAAUGGCACACUGAUGCAUGGAAAGAGUUUCCAGAAGAUUGGUUUGACGGUUUAAAGCCUAGUUUACAUGUUGCAAAUCCAACAUAUGACAAAUCAGUAAACAAAUAUAAAGUUAAAUGUGGUUUAUCUCUGGAGGAAUGGGAAUCAUAUGGUUGGAUAAAGCGUCAAGAUCCUUUCGGAUGGUUUCAAUGGUAUUGUAGAUUUUAUCUUGGUCGUCGAACAGUAGACGACAUACGGCAAAUUGGUCGUUGGAAAAAGUUUUUAGCAAGAUUUAAAGCUAACCUUGUAAAUAAAAUAAAUCGCGCAAAUACAAAGUAUAACGAUUAUACAAUCUCACCAGUUAUCAGACAAGCAUUGUUGCAUUGGGGGUAUGAAGUGACUCCUACAGAUGUUGAGAAUGGAAAAGUUAUAAAAAAAUCUGAGUUAAAAACUUCUAAUUACAGUCAUAUUUUGCUUUGAGUUAUUAUUCUUGUUUUUGUUCACAAAUUUAUGGCUAAAGAAAUAAAUUAAAAAAAGAAAAGGUUCUUUAUGUUGUU